CCCCACGGGCCCACGAACGGAUUCCGCCCUUUAGAUCCCCGUUUCAUAAUCUUCCCCAAUUCGUAACUGAGGCAAAAAUCAAGGUAGGGCGGGCGCCCUACCUUGCCCUACUGGGUCCUCCGCCCGUGAGGUUCGACGAGCAUGGAGCGGAUCCUCAAGUCCGCCAGGGAGUCCGGCUCCCUCAACCUCUCCAACCGCUCCCUCAGGGAGGUGCCGGGGGAGGUGUACAACAACUUGGACACGGGCAGUCAGGACGAUAAAUGGUGGGAGGGAGUGGAUCUUCAGAAGCUCAUAUUGGCACAUAACAACCUGGAAGUGUUAAGAGAAGACCUUAGAAAUUUGUCUUCUCUUGUUGUGUUAAAUAUAAGCCACAAUCAGAUAUAUUCCCUUCCUGCAGCCAUCGGAGACCUUCCUUUGCUAAAAUCGCUGGACAUAUCGUUCAAUCAAAUAAAUACUGUGCCUGAAGAGAUUGGCCUGGCUGCAGCUUUAGUGAAGGUUGACUUUUCAAAUAACUGCCUUACUGAGCUGCCAGCUAGCCUUGCCGGAUGCUUGAACUUGUCAGAACUCAAGGCAUCAAACAACAAAAUAUCCAGAAUACCGGAUGAACUUGCCGGUUGUUCAAAGUUAAGUAAAUUGGAUCUGGAGGGUAACAAGCUCGAGAUGCUUUCAGAAAACAUGUUCUCAUCGUGGACAAUACUUACAGAGCUAAAUGCUGCUAAGAAUAUACUUACAACUAUUCCGGCUAGUAUUGGAGCACUUUCAAAAUUAAUUCGCCUGGACCUGCAUCAGAACAAAAUAACCUUGAUUCCUUCUUCCAUAAAGGGCUGUUCUUCUCUAGCAGAGUUUUAUAUGGGAAAUAACUUAUUGUUGUCAAUACCAGCCGAUAUUGGCAUGCUAUCAAAAUUAGGAACACUUGAUCUUCAUUCUAAUCAGCUAAAGGAGUAUCCUGUGGGAGCUUGCAAACUCAAACUCUCUUUCCUUGACCUCUCAAACAACACGUUAUCUGGUCUGCCACCUGAACUAGGUACAAUGACGACCUUAAGAAAGCUUCUGCUCAGCGGAAAUCCUAUGAGGACACUUCGUAGUUCUUUGGUAUCUGGACCAACGUCAACAUUAUUGAAGUAUCUGCGCAGCCGCCUUUCAUCUGACGAGGAAGCAUCAGGGUCUGGAAGAACUCCAACGAAAGAUGAUCAAGUUGCUGCCGCAAGACGUUUGUCUUUAUCUUCAAAGGAAUUGAACUUGAGUGGUCUUGGUGUGACCAGUGUACCCCCUGCAGCAUGGGAGACAAGUGAUGUGGUGAAACUUGAUCUUUCUAAGAAUUCAAUAGAAGAUCUGCCAAAUGAGUUGACAUUAUGCUCAUCACUUCAAGCUUUAGUUUUGUCUAAUAACAAGAUAAAAAAGUGGCCUGGCAUGGUAGUUUCCUCCCUUCCCAGUCUUUCUUCCUUAAAGCUGGACAAUAAUCCUCUGGCAGAGAUAUCGUCCACUGAUCUUGAGGUCCUAUCAAAACUUGAAGUAUUGGAUUUAAGUGGCAAUGCAUCUUCAUUAACCAAACCUUCUGCACUUUCAUCAUUGCCACAGCUGCAGGAACUCUACCUUAGACGAGUGAAACUCCAUGAAUUUCCUAUUGGCUUGUUGGGCUUAAAACUGCUGCGGAUUCUUGACCUGAGUCAGAAUUAUCUUACAACUAUACCAGAGGGUAUCAAGGAAUUUACUGCUCUCAUUGAGCUGAAUCUGUCAGACAAUAAUAUAACAGCACUCCCAGCCGAACUGGGCUUGCUUGAGCCUAACCUGCAAGUGCUUAAACUUGAUGGAAAUCCGCUCAGGAGCAUAAGGCGGACUGUUCUGGAUCGAGGAACGAAAGCUGUUCUUCAGUACCUCAAAGACAAGCUUCCGUCCCACUGAAUUACUUCAUCAAAAACAAAUUCUGGCUCGAGUUAUGAUCCAUGAGUUCAUUUUCUCUUUUGGUUUCGAUAAUUUUCCUGUGAGUUGUGCUUGCCUGCUUGGUCAGUAAGCUAUACUGAAUAGUAUCUUGUGCGAGAACGGAUGGACAUUCAAAACGGAGAUGACAUAGACUCCGGAACGUAGACCGUGGUUGUUGUAAUGGAUAGUAUGAAUCCAGGAGGCAUGUUUGUAGUUGAUUCGUGGAUAAACUUUCAUUGGACGUAUUAUGUUCCUUUUUUUGAACAAAUUCAUUAUAUGCAUCAAGGUUUAAAAUUUCGCUU